AUGGCGGACAUGCUCCUGAAAGUGCUCCAGAAGAAAGGCGACAUGGCCCUUCCUGACGUGCUGGUGCCGGACAUGGAGGACAGCGUCCCGCUGGCGGAGAAGGCGAGCGCUCGCCAGGCCAUCGCGUCCCUCCUGCCGCAGCUGGCCCAGUUGGGAGCACACACGAAAGUGUUGCCGCGGGUCAACUCUCUUGAUACUGGCACGUGCCCUCGCGCCACUUCUAUUCUCCUGCACAGCGCGAUGCAGUCAUCUGAUCGGCUCAUGGAAGAUGACCUGCAAGCGGUCAUUGCCCAAGGCGACCUCAUAUUUGGAGUCUCGGUCGGCAAGGUGGGCUCAGCCGAGGACAUGCGCAGAAUCGAUGAGAUCGUGAGCGCGCUGGAGAGCAAAAACGGAGUCCGAGCCGGUAAGAUCCACAUCGUUCCAUGGCUCGAGACCGCCGCCGGCGUCGUCAACGCGCACGAGAUAUGCAAGAGCUCGAGCAGGCACUGCCACCCUCUCACCCCCCCCCCUCUCAAUGAGUGCUGGUCUCACCGCAUCUCUCCGUGCGUGCCUGGCCUACGGCACAGAAUCAUCGGUGUAGCCUAUGGUGGCGAUGACUUCCUCACGGACAUGGGCGUUCAGGGUGCCUCCGACCAGACCCCCAGCGGUCUCGUCACCUACGCACGAAGCGCAAUCUCUGUUGCCGCUCGCGCCGCCAAUGUUCUUUCUCUCGAAACCCCGGCGACGGACGUGAAGCGGCUGGGCUACCGCGGGAUGUUCGCCAUCCACCCCAAUCAGGUGCAAACCAUCAACGAGUGCUUCUCGCCUUCGGCCCAGGAGAUUGAGUACGCCAAGAAAGUGGUCGCCGCCUACGAGGAAGCCGAGAGGCAGGGCAAGGGUUCCACGUCAGUCGACGGCAAGAUGGUGGACGCGCCUGUGGUGAAGAGAGCCUACGCGCUCCUCAAGACCUUGCCCCAGCCCUAG